AUGCCAUCGUACGAAGCGAGACUGCUUUCCGACUUCCUCAUCGCCCCCGCAUCAUUGCGCGAUUUCAUGACACUGCGCCAAUUCACCGACAUAUUUCCAAAAGGCCUUCGCUCGAACCCGGCGGUCAAACAGCUAUAUCAUGAACUCUAUACUCUGAGAGAAAAAGACGUCGAAUUGGUGCGCCAGGACAUCGCCGAGGAGAUCAAGCGGUCAAAACAGCUUAAACGAGAGUAUGCUCAUGAGAGACGACAAAUAGACGAUGCCAAUGUACCAGGGAUUAAUCCCGUAGCUCUUCGCAUGGAGCAGGAGCUCUUCAACGAUGGACGCAAGAAGCCCCACACCCUACAAACGGUUCACGCAAGCAUCGAAGAAGCAUGUGAAAGCCUCGAGUCGCAGAUAGCCGAGCUGGAAGAAGAAUCUCGCAGUGCCCUUGCGGAGGUGGACGAAGCUGUAGGCGCACUCAGUGACCUUCGCCACGGCCGAUUCGCGCAGACGGCAAGCGGUGGGAACAUCGGAGAGGAAGUUCUUGCCACUUUGAAGAGACUCGAGCAAGCCUGCACAAUCCCGGCUGGAUGA